AUGCGCCAAUAUUCAGGUCUUGCGUCGAUUCCAUGGUUAUUAAACUCAGAAUUUUAUCCUCUAUGGGCUAGAAGUACGGGAUGCUCGAUUUCAACUUUUUUCAAUUGGUUUUUUAAUCUCAUCGUUUCGUUAACAUUUUUAACACUUUCUCAAGCAAUCACAAAAUAUGGAAUAUUCUUCUUAUAUUCGGGAAUAACUGCCAUCACUUUUGUGUUCGUUUAUAUAUUUGUUCCGGAAACUAAAGGAAAGAGCAUCGAGGAAAUUGAAUUGCUAUUUAUAUCGAAAAAUGAACGAGUAAAACGAAGAAAAAAGAAUUUAAUUAAUGCUUUUCAUUUGGUUGAAUUCCGUUACGAAAAUGAAAUUUGA